AUGGAUCGCCAGGCAUUCAUAAGGCCUGACCCUGAGAACACGAUAACUGAUGAGAACGAGCAUCUACUUCCCGGAACAGAGCAACCCAGUCAACAUAGAUCCUUGCAACAAUUCUCAGGACACGCAGACCAGAGAGGCCCUGAUGUCUACACCGAAACGCAUGAGCUUCAGCAGUGGAGAUCGACAAUGAAGAACACCCAGAUCGAUGAAACCCAGAUACUUUUAGAAGGCGAAACAGAAGUGGCUGGGCUUACCUCACCUCUAGCACAAGAGUCUGAUGUCAGCAAGCCUCAAUGGGAAGAGGAUUAUCACGUCACUAGUACCCAGAGCGAGCAAAACAAUACAACUGACCAGAAAUACGAUAUCAAUACCUCUACUCGUCUUCAAUGCGUUAUUGGCGUUUUCAUGGGUGGUCUGCUCGCCCUCGCAUGUAUCGGAUCUGGGAUUUACGUCCUUGCAACGAGAAAGGAAAAGCUUGCUUUGCACGUGGACAUCAAUACAACGGCAAGAGAGGUCCUGUCGCUUAUCUUCAACAUCAUCCUCACGUUCUGCAUCGACAGUAUGGCUUUCGCCCAUUCGGUGUCAUUGAGAUGGGCUUUGUAUAGGGAACAUAAAUUGGAGUUCAAUACGAACCUUCGGCUUUUUACCAACUCGACCAAUAGUGGACCUAAUCGGUGGUACACCAACAUCUUUGGCAUGACCUGCUUAGUUUUUUGCUACGGAGCUUCCAGUUAUUUGCUACUGCCCUUAUCAGAGAACGAAGUAUUCAUAAAUGGCAUCGCUGUACUGAUGCUAGGUCUGGCUCUUCUGGGGCUCGCGGCGCUCUCAAUAUGGUGUCUAUGGACCAGCUCCAAUUCUGUAUUGACCUGGAGCUCUAAUCCGUUGAACAAUUGUCUGGCCGCUGUGCAAAACGGAAUGUUCCAGCGACGCAAUGGGAGAUGUAUGCGAUCCGUGCACGAUCGGAACCCUGCGUCAUCGCAACUCUGCGCAGACAUCGAUACGCAGCCAAUUCUUCCUCGGCAGAAGCAAGAAAACAUGUACAAGCUGAGCAGGCGUAUAAGGAGGAUCAUUUGGCUGCUCUGGACGCUGUCAGUACUGGCUAUCGCAUGGAUGUUUGCCAUCUUAGGGCUCAACCUGGCAUAUGCAGCCGACAAUGGUGAGUAUUGUCCGCCUAGCUUAGCCUCCCUAAAAUGGGAUAUGUUCAGCUCAGGUAGCUGCGUCAGCAACACGGCGAGUCUCUCCAUGUCCCCUUCAGGCCAAAGCCCUGAACAGUGGAACAAAUACCCACUUCUCCAAGUCUUUCUGGGCCUGUUGUUCCUCAGUACGAUCCAAGCAACCCAGUCCAUUGCUCUACAUUGCACCGAACUGCUUGUCAACAUUUCGCGAGAUGAGAAAAUGUGGCGGAAUGCGUAUAGCAACGGUAGAAAGAACGGAAAAGGUCCGAAGGGGUCCCUGCUUGCAAGCGACUCACUGAAAAACGCGAUAAGCAGCUGGGAAUAUAUCUGCCUGAGCCUAUUGAAGUCUGUCCUGCACUGGAGUGUCGGUCAGGCUGUACAGCCGGCCUUCCAAUUAGAUCUCCCAGAAGACAUCUCUACUAUAGAUCCCUCUUCGAUAAAUCAGGAGCUGGCUGUGGCGGGUGUCGCCUUUUACAUGAUAUAUCCUCGACUACUGGUUUAUGCCGUCCUUGCUAUAGUGCUGGCUUCUUUUGCCACUUUUCUGGCACUGAGAAAGCGACCGGGGCCUCAGCCUGCUACUAUGGGCCACUUGCAAACUAUUUCAGACCUGGUUGACGAUUGGACUCCAAGUGAGAACGGUCGUAUUUAUUGGGGAGACAAAGGGGAAAGCUCAACAAGCUCAGUUCGUCAUGCAGGGACAAGCUUUGAACCAAAGGCUCUGGGCCGGAUCUCCCCUAAUUCUCUGUACGCUUGCUAG